GCCUCGGAGCAGAGAGGUGGAGGGCCGGGGAAGGGCUGGAGAAGCGGUGGGCUGGAGCGCAGACCGCGCCUGGACCCCCGCCGUGUGCGCGUCUCCCCGGCGAUUCCGCAUAAAUGUCGGAAGUAUUUCCUGUGAAGCAUAAGAACCCCUGACCGUGGAAGUGCCGCACAAGCAACCGUUGACUGUAAAGUGAGGCAAAGCAUGCAAGAGCCGUCUGGUUGAGGUUACGACUGGAACACCACCGCGCCCACCAGGAGACCCGGGAUGGAUCUGCACCCGAGCACCACCCUCACCUUCCCUGAGAAGCGGCGUCCGGAGACGUCACCUUCUGGCUGCAGGAAACACUAUGCUGUCAGGAAAAAACUGAAGUUCAUUCGAAUCUUAGGCCUUUUCAUGGGCCUGGUCGCCAUCAGCGCGGUCCCAUUUUCAAUCGGCGUCUUUUCUGAGACAGAGACACAGAGCACGGGAGAGGCCAGUGGUGCAAAGGGCCCUGGGGUGGCACACGGUUACCGGCAGAGAACCCUCUUAGAUUUAAAUGACAAGAUUCCGGACUACACGUCACAGCCACCUCUUUCUGAGGAAGGCACAUCUGAGAAUGGUACAGAUGAGGACCAAGGGAACUACCCAAGAGACAUCUUUUCCCUCGAGGAGCGAAGAAAAGGCGCCAUCCUUCUCCACGUCAUCGGCAUGAUCUACAUGUUCAUAGCCUUAGCCAUUGUCUGCGAUGAGUUCUUUGUUCCUUCUUUGACGGUCAUCACGGAAAAACUGGCCAUCUCUGAUGAUGUUGCUGGAGCCACCUUUAUGGCUGCUGGGGGCUCAGCCCCGGAACUUUUCACGUCUCUCAUAGGGGUGUUUAUUGCUCACAGCAACGUGGGCAUAGGCACGAUUGUGGGCUCGGCGGUGUUCAAUAUCCUCUUUGUUAUUGGCAUGUGUGCUCUGUUUUCCAGAGAAAUCUUGAACCUGACAUGGUGGCCACUCUUCCGGGAUGUGUCCUUCUACAUCAUUGACUUGAUCAUGCUGAUCAUAUUUUUCCUGGACAACAUCAUCAUGUGGUGGGAAAGCUUGCUUCUCUUAACAGCUUACUUUGUCUAUGUGAUCUUCAUGAAGUUCAACGUCCAGGUAGAAAGAUGGGUGAAGCAAAUGGUUAGCUGCAAUAAAGUCGUCAAGGUGGCAGCACCAGAGGCCCAAGCAAAGGGCUCCAAAACUGUCCUGGAACUGGGGUGUUCAGCAAGACAGCUGAAAGUAGCAACUGGUGGGGACCUGAGUCAGACUCAAAGAAGAGAGCAACAGUCGAAGCCAGAGAAUACGGCCAAGCCACGUCUCCAGCGAGGUGGAAGCUCUGCCUCCCUCCACAACAGUCUCAUGAGGAAUAGCAUCUUCCAGCUCAUGAUACACACCCUCGACCCACUCGCUGAAGAACUUGGAUCAUAUGGAAAACUAAAAUAUUAUGACACAAUGACUGAAGAAGGGAGGUUCAGAGAAAAGGCUUCCAUUCUCCACAAGAUUGCCAAGAAGAAGUGCCAGGUGGAUGAGAACGAGAGGCAGAAUGGGGCUGCCAAUCACGUGGAAAAAAUCGAGCUCCCCAACAGCACCAGCACGGAGGUUGAAAUGACGACAUCCAGGGAUGCUUCAGAGCCCGUGCAAAACGGCAACCUCUCCCACGGCAUUGAAGCUGCGGAGGCCCAGCAGACCACAGAAACGGGUGACGACGAGGAGGACCAGCCUCUCAGCCUGGCCUGGCCUUCCAACCCCCGCAAGCAGGUCACGUUCCUGAUUGUCCUCCCCAUAGUGUUUCCUCUCUGGCUUACCUUGCCCGACGUCCGCAAACCUUCAGCAAGGAAGUUUUUCCCCAUCACGUUCUUCGGCGCCAUCACCUGGAUCGCAAUAUUCUCUUACUUAAUGGUCUGGUGGGCACACCAGGUUGGAGAGACAAUUGGCAUUAGUGAAGAGAUUAUGGGUCUGACCAUCUUGGCCGCUGGGACCUCCAUCCCUGACCUUAUCACCAGUGUCAUAGUGGCCCGGAAGGGGCUUGGGGACAUGGCUGUAUCCAGCUCUGUCGGAAGCAACAUUUUUGACAUCACCGUAGGGCUCCCGCUGCCCUGGCUCCUGUACACCAUGAUCCACAGGUUCCGGCCCGUGGCCGUGAGCAGCAAUGGCCUCUUCUGCGCCAUCGUCCUGCUCUUCAUCAUGCUGCUCUUCGUCAUCCUCUCCAUCGCCCUCUGCAAGUGGCGGAUGAACAAAGUGCUGGGCUUCAUCAUGUUCGGCCUCUACUUCGUGUUCCUCGUGCUCAGCGUCCUCCUCGAAGACCGGAUUCUCGUGUGCCCCAUCUCCAUCUAGAGGAAAAGCCAUAUCUUGAACCAACAGCCCAGGUGGGACCCCCGCUCUGGGUUCUAGACUCUCUGAUGUCUGGAGAAGAGGCAGCGGGCACCCAGCCCGGGCGUGUGGCGUGGCCCUCCUUGGUGGACGUGAGGAGGGGUGGACCCAUAAGGACCCGCCCGCUUCACAGACUGCUGCCACCCUUGCCUGCUGAAACGGCUUCAUGCGAGAGGCAGAGAGAACUGUCCAUCCGAGGCUUCUCUGCACUCACCACGGACGGGUACUCCUCGCUGGUCGGAGGUACAUUCUCGGUAAUGAUGCAAACAGUGACAGAGCUGCGUAUACACCUAUAAGAUAUUCAGAGUAUAAAUAGAUGCACAUGAACACACCGCCUGUUCCUGUACUAUUCCUCUCCUUCCACACCUAUAGAGUCAUACACACCUGUACACAAACACAAAGAAACACCAUAUAUAUAAAAUUAUAUAUAUAUAUGUAUGUAUAUAUAAAUACACAUGCAUCUUUUCAGGGAUAGCUCUAAUAUAUUUAUAAUAUCUAUUUGAAGAGGGGCAUCGACCUUCUGUGUGAGCUUUACCUCUUUAGGGCAAGAGGUACACCAAUGGAAUCAUUGCUGUGACCUUCUGCCUAACCUUGGACUUCCUGGGAUCCUGCCGGGUGAGGUGGAUGCUUCAGGGACGUAGGUUUCGGGAGAGAGGGCUGGGUGGAGAGGGUCUGUCGUGGUCCUGGGUUGAGCCCUCCAAACAUUUCCACAAGCCAAACAGGGGAGACUCUCUGCCCACCCCACAGGGUUACCUGGGACAGAAGGAGGUCAAACCCGGACUUGGUCCACACUGGUUUGGGGGCAGAGGGACGGUAACCAGGGUUGUUGUUUUUGGUUUGUUUUAAAUAUAUAUAUAAUGCCCCAGCAUGCGAGUAGAAACUAUGAUUGCAAGCCAAAUUAGCACUUUCUAGGACAGCGAGACUAUAUAAAAUGAACCUCUGCUGUUCCCAUGCAUGUCCCAUUGCCAUCAAAAGAAGGGAGGCAAGUAUAGAUGCAGUUGUCAUUUAGACACAUUUUGAUGCUAAGGGCUCUCAUAUAAUCCAAAUGCUGCCCAAAGAGCCUGGAUAUGCUAGUACAAUAAGAAAUUCCAUCCAGUAGAGGCGCGUAGUGAGAAUUGCCACCUAAUGGGAAUGGAAAGCAUAGUUCUUCAAAGCAUCUUCCAGUGUGAUCAUAAAGGGCUUCGGUGUCUGAAGAAAUGAUUACUCCUUAAAUAGAGCUCAGUGGACUCUGACCAAUACUGCUUGGGUUGAGGCAGCGUAGAGAUGUUUAGGAAGGCAUUUGCACACGAGGAAUGUUUCUGAGUCCUCUGUGGAGUGGUGCCAAGACCAGGAUUUAAAGUUCAUGCACCAUCCGUGUUUCUCCUGCCAUCAGGACCCACCUGGGACUCUCUCUAGCUUACAGAGUACACAGAAGGCUAUACGCGACAGCUUCUUCACACUGGCCUCCAGCCAGCCCCGCCAAGGUGUUGAUUUCCUGAUUUUGCUCAGCAUUCAUGGGAUAGUUUCAUUCCAUUCAUGCAGUGCCCCCAGGUUCUGUUUGACACCGUGUGUGAUUUCUCAGAUCUAUGUGAAUAGAAAAUAAAACCAGCAGGGAAAAAAU